AAAAAUGGCGGAUCUUGGCACUGCAGACCCACAAUCUCAGCUCAUACCAAACCUCCCAGACGACGUAGCAUUACAGUGCUUAGCCAGAGUCCCACGUUCCCAUCACCGUAUUCUCUCUCUCGUCUCCAAAUCCUGGCGCUACACCCUUAGCUCAACUGCACUCUACGCCACCCGGUCAAUUCUCCGUACUACCGAAACUUUCCUGUACCUCAACCUCCGCAUAAACUCCACUUUCCACUGGUACACUCUCUUCCAAAACCCUAACCCACAAAAACCGAGAAAGCUUUUUCCCCUUUCUUCAAUACCCUGUAAGCCCAUUGGAUCGGCUUAUGCAGUUUUGGGCCCGAAGAUUUAUGUGAUUGGUGGGUCCAUUGGUGAAAUCCCUUCGAAUAAUGUGUGGGUUUUCGAUUGUAGGUUUAAUUGUUGGGAAAUGGGGCCAAGAAUGAGGAUUGGUAGGGAGUUUGCUGCGGCUGGGGUUGUGAAUGGGAAGAUUUAUGUAAUGGGUGGGUGUGUUGUAGAUAAUUGGGCUAGGUCGAUGAAUUGGGCUGAAUUUUUUGAUCCAUUAACGGGGUUAUGGGCUGCGUUGCCGAGUCCAAUUGAGGUCAGAGAUAAGUGGAUGCAUGCUAGUGCAGUGGUGGGUGAUAGGGUUUAUGCGAUGGCGGAUAGGGGAGGGGUGGUGUACAAUGCUGGGGGUGGGGAGUGGGGGAGUGUAACAAAAAGGCUUGAUUUGGGGUGGAGGGGACGGGCUGCGGUGGUGGGAGGAGUGUUGUAUUGUUAUGAUUAUUUGGGUAAGAUUAGAGGGUAUGAUGUGAAGGAAGAUGUGUGGAAGGAAUUGAAAGGGGUGGAGAAGGGGUUGCCUAGGUUCUUGUGUGGCGCGACAAUGGUGAAUUUCGAUGAGAGGUUGUGUGUUGCGUGGGAAGGCAAGAGGAACGGCAAGGAGGUUGACAUUAUGUGCGCAGAGAUUGAAGUUUGGAAGGACAAGGACGGAGGGUUGAGUGGGAACAUCUUGUGGUCGGAUGUGGUUCUUGUUGUUCCUAAUGGUGCUUCAAUUGUGCAUUGCUUUGCAGUUGACUUGUGAUGUUUACUUCAGACAAGGUGCUGGCCAUGCAUGAGAUGAGCUUUCUUUUCACAUGUUGCUUGUUUGGGUCUCAUCAGAAUGGCGAGGUUUUGUCUCUGAGAGUUCGACAUAUAACUGCAGAAUUUAGAUACCGGUAGGGAAUCUCAAAGUCCAAACUCUCAAGAAUCAAUAUAUCCAAAUUGAAUGUUCCACAGGCCAAUUUCCAGAUAAAGGAAAGGCUGCUUCUGGUUCAACUUUCAGUGCCAGACUGGGCCACUUGUAGAAUGUGAGUUUGUGUUUCGAACAGAUUUCUGGAAAGCUUCUGCUUGAUUUCUUGGAAAAAAUCUAGUGUUACUAAGUUAUGAGCAAAAGUAAUUGUCAGCGAUGUAGAAAGUCUGCUUUGUAGUUUGUACACAGCUAAUUACCUACUAGUUCAUGAACCAAUGAGUUGUAACUUCGAAGAAGCAAAAUUUUUGUAAUUUAUCUUUCAGUAAUUUUCAAUUUUUAUCGGCUAGCUCUAAGUUGGUCAUAAAAUAAUUUAUCAGAAAACAGAAUUUUCCAUCUA